AUGGGGACAGCUUCCUCUCUGGUGAGCCCAGCGGGCACCGGAGGGGAGGUGAUCGAGGACGCCUACGGAGGAGGUGGCGGCGAAGCCUGUGAGAUCCCAGUGGAGGUGAAGCCCAAAGCUCGCCUGCUGCGCAGCUCUUUCCGCCGGGUGGGUGCUUCGCGGCCUGGAGGCCUCAUUGGGGCCAGUUUCAAAUCCACUGCCUCGGUACAGGAGUUGGAGUGCAUGGCUGAGUAUGAGCGUCUGAAGAAAGAAUACGAGAUCUUUCGUGUCAGCAAGAACAACGAGGUGGCCUCUAUGGUCAAGAAAGAAGCCAAGCUGGACCUGGAGAACAAGAGACUCCGGGCAGAGCUCCAGGCUCUUCAGAAAACUUAUCAGAAAAUACUUAGAGAGAAAGAAAGUGCUUUAGAAGCCAAAUAUCAAGCCAUGGAGAGAGCUGCUACAUUUGAACAUGACCGAGACAAAGUCAAGAGACAGUUCAAGAUUUUCAGGGAAACUAAGGAAAAUGAGAUUCAGGAUUUACUGAGGGCCAAACGAGAGCUGGAGACAAAACUUCAGAGACUGCAAGCCCAAGGGAUCCAAGUGUUUGAUCCUGAAGAGUCUGAUUCAGAUGACAAUUGCACAGAAGUUACUGCUACUGGAGCCCAAUCUGAAUAUUGGACUGGUGGAGUGUUGGGAAGUGAGCCAUCUAUGGGUAGUAUGAUGCAACUUCAGCAGUCUUUCAGAGGGCCUGAGUUUGCUCAUAGUUCCAUAGAUGUGGAAGGACCAUUCGCGAACAUAAACAGAGAUGACUGGGAUGCUGCUAUUGCCAGUUUAUUGCAGGUCACUCCACUGUUUUCCCAUUCUCUGUGGAGUAACACAGUAAGGUGCUAUCUCAUUAAUACAGAUGAGACUCAACCUGAAGUAGACAUCUUCAUUAGGAACUACUCACCAAAACUUCAAAGAAUAUGUGAAACAAUGGGGUACUUCUUUCAAGUUGUUCAUUUUCCAGUAGAAAAUGGAAAUCAUUUCCAGGCUGUGAGAAAAUGGGAAAUUGAGAAAAGUUCCUUAGUCAUUUUGUUCAUACAUUUAACUUUGCCAAGCUGUUUGCUGGAGGACUGUGAAGAAGCUUUAUUGAAAAAUCCUGAAGGAAAGCCCCGGCUGAUUUACCGCAGAAUAGAAGAUGGCAAAGUCAGUUCAGACCCUGUGCAGCAGUUAACUGAGCAAGUUUGUUAUGUGAACAAAGCAAAGGUACAACAUCUCAUUGAUCACAUGGGAGGAGUGGAAGAAGGAGCGUAUGAAACUUAUAAUUGUGUGGAAAAGAUCAUUAAACAGGAUAUAUUUGGCUGUGAAAGCACAGAAGUAGAAGGCAAGGAUUUGGGUAAUAAAGAGGAAUCCACUGCACCCGAAGAGGAAGUUUUUGGAGAUGUACUAUGGGAUGCACAUGAUGAACAAGAACAGAUGGAAGCUUUCCAGCAGGCUUCUAACUCAACAUGUGAACUAGGAUUUGAGAAAUAUUAUGAACGUCUAAAUGAUCUAGUGGCAGCACCAGCACCCAUCCCACCUCUUCUUGUGUCUGGAGGACCAGGCUCUGGCAAAUCUCUUCUCCUGUCAAAAUGGAUUCAACUGCAACAGAAGCAUUCACCAAACACACUAAUUCUCUAUCACUUUGUUGGGAGGCCCAUGUCUGCCAGUUCAGAAUCUGCACUAAUAAUUAAACGGCUUACUUUAAAGCUCAUGCAGCAUUCUUGGUUAGUGUCACCUUUAACAUUGGAUCCAGCUAAGCUCUUGGAAGAAUUUCCUCGUUGGCUGGAAAAACUUUCUGCUCGUCACCAAGGCAGCAUUAUCAUAAUUAUUGACUCUAUAGACCAAAUACAGCAAGCUGAAAAACAUAUGAAAUGGCUGAUAGAUCCCCUGCCAGUGAAUGUAAGGGUGAUUGUAUCUGUGAACGUGGAAACAUGUCCUCAGGCAUGGAGGUUGUGGCCAACUCUUCAUCUUGAGCCAUUGAAUUCUAAAGAUGUGAAAUGUCUCAUUAGUGCAGAAUGUAGCUGUGCAGAUGUUAAAUUGACCAAAGAACAGGAGAAGAAACUUGAGAAACACUGUCGUUCUGCCACAACUUGCAAUGCUUUGUAUGUCACUCUUUUGGGCAAAAUGAUUGCUUGUGCUGGAAGUGCAGGAAAUAUUGAUGAAAUCCUUCAACAGUGUUUCCAGUGUCAAGAUACAGUAUCACUGUACAGACUUGUUCUGAGAUCAGUUCAGGAGUCCAUGCUGAACGAUAAAGACAAACACCUUAUGAGAGAGGUUCUCUGUCUCAUCAGUGUUAGCCACAAUGGAGUGAGUGAAUCAGAGCUGAUGGAACUUUAUCCCGAACUAUCCUGUGCCAUGUUAGCCUCUCUAGUUCACAGUCUCCACAAGAUGUGUAUGCUGACAUAUGGCUGUGGUUUGCUAAAGUUUCAGCACCUCCAGGCUUGGGAAACGGUGAGACUAGAAUACAUGGAAGAAGGUCAAAAUAUUAUUUCUACUUACAGAGAAAAACUAAUAGACUACUUCACCAUGCAGCUAAGUCAAGGCAGAGUGACUUGGAGAAGUGCAGAUGAACUUCCUUGGCUUUUCCAACAACAAGGCAACAAGCAGAAGCUACACAAGUGUCUCCUGAACCUCUUUGUAUCUCAGAAUCUUUACAAAAGGGGGCAUUUUGCAGAAUUACUGAGUUACUGGCAGCUUGUCGGAAAAGAUAAGUGUUCAAUGGCAUCAGAGUAUUUUGACUCUCUAAAGCAAUAUGAGAAAAGCUGUGAGGGAGAGGAAAGUAUGAUCUGUCUGGCUGAUCUUUAUGAAACUCUGGGACGAUUCUUAAAAGAUCUAGGCCUUCUCAGCCAGGCAGUUGCUCCUCUGCAGCGUUCUCUGGAAAUUCGGGAGACUGCACUGGAUCCAGAUCACCCCAGGGUAGCACAGUCCCUCCAUCAGUUAGCAGGAGUUUAUGUGCAGUGGAAGAAGUUCGGAAAUGCUGAGCAGUUAUAUAAGCAGGCUCUGGAAAUCUCUGAAAAUGCUUAUGGGGCUGAACAUCCCAGGGUUGCUCGUGAACUGGAUGCACUUGCAACAUUAUACCAGAAACAGAACAAAUAUGAACAAGCUGAACAGCUGAGGAAAAAAUCCUUUAAAAUGCGACAAAAAGCAGCAAGGCGGAAAGGCAAUUUGUUUGGAUUUGCUCUUCUACGUCAACGAGCCUUGCAGCUGGAAGAGCUCACGUUAGGCAAAGACACACCAGAUAAUGCUCGAACCCUCAAUGAGCUUGGAGUUCUCUAUUAUCUUCAGAAUAACAUUGAGACAGCUGAACUUUUUCUGAAGCGCUCCCUAGAAAUGAGGGAGAGGGUCCUGGGACCAGACCACUCAGACUGUGCACAGUCUUUGAACAAUCUGGCAGCUUUGUACAAUGAAAAGAAACACUACGAUAAGGCUGAGGAACUGUAUGAAAGAGCUUUAGAAAUUAGGAGGAGAGCACUAGCCCCUGAUCAUCCUUCACUGGCUUACACUGUGAAACACCUUGCAGUACUCUACAAAAAGCUGGGAAAGCUUGACAAGGCAGUGCCUCUGUAUGAGUUGGCUGUUGAAAUUCGACAAAAAUCAUUUGGUCCAAAGCAUCCUAGUGUAGCUACUGCCUUGGUAAACCUGGCUGUUCUUUAUUGUCAGAUGAAAAAGCACAUUGAAGCCUUACCUCUGUAUGAAUGUGCAUUAAAGAUUUAUGAAGACAGCUUUGGUCAUAUGCAUCCUCGUGUGGGAGAAACACUAAAAAACUUAGCUGUGUUGAGCUAUGAAGGAGGAGAUUUCGAGAAGGCUGCCGAGCUGUACAAGAGAGCCAUGGAAAUCAAAGAAGCAGAGACUUUGUUGAUAGGAGGAAAAGCAGCUUCCCGACCCUCAUCAAGUGGAGACACUUUCAGUUUAAGAAGUACAUUAUCUCCAAAUGUUUUUCUAGACCAUGGACAAAGGUGA